UUUAUCACUGACAGAAAAUUGCACGGUCUGGCGCGACAAAAACCAAAAUGGUGACAGGAGCUCAAAACAAACCAGUUGUUAUGAGUGAAAGGAAAAUCAGUUCAUAUCUGACAACAUUCCUCGUUAAGUGAGGUUCAAUUAUCAACCACGGGCUUACAUUUCGUCUGAAAAAUGGCAUCGGGUGGCGGAAGAAAAGACGGAAGGCUUGAGGAACACACGGUCGAAGGUCUUGCAGAGGUUUUCCGAUGUUUCAUUUGUAUGGAAAAGCUGCGGGAUGCUCGCCUGUGUCCUCACUGUUCCAAGUUGUGCUGUUUCAUCUGUAUCCGGAGAUGGUUAACAGAACAGCGGUCACAGUGUCCUCAUUGCAGGGCAUCUCUUCACACCCACGAGCUUGUCAACUGUCGCUGGGCAGAGGAGGUGACACAGAAGUUGGAUACUCUCAAGGAAUGUGCCCCCGCUGCUAAAAAGGAGGAGGAAGAUAAAGACAUAUGUGAGGAACACCAGGAGAAGCUGACCGUGUACUGUUGGGCGUGUAAGCAGUGUAUAUGUCACCAGUGUGCUCUUUGGGGAGGCACACAUUCUGGCCACACGUUCAAGCCACUAGAUGGUGUAUAUGAGGAACAUGUUAAGAAGGUCACGGAGGAGCUGAAUCAGUUGAAGCGUCGUCACGUAGAACUCAUCAGCCUUGUACAGGAUGUGGAGAGAAAUAUAGAAAGUGUAAAGACUGCCAAAGAUGAGAGGGUACGGGAGAUUAGGAAUGCUGUGGAGCUGAUGAUCGCCAGACUGGAGUCUCAACUUAAGUCUAAACUACUCACCCUGAUGGGUCAAAGAGGUCAGCUGACCCAGGAAACUGAGCUACUCGAGUCCCUCAUACAGAAGAUUAACCAUCAGAUGGGUAGCAGGGGGAAAAGUGAACUCAUCGCCCAGAGCAGUGAGCUUGUACAACUCUUCAAACACGUCAACAGGAAACCCAUGGCAUCUUUUGUCACCGCGGCAGUACCGGCUGACUUUACCAGUGAAAUUGUACCACAGUAUGACACAAGCUCAUUUGUGAUGAAGAAAUUCAGCGGACUACAACAGAGGGCCGACCCAGUAUACAGUCAGCCAUUACAUGUGUCAGGUCUCAGCUGGAGACUCAAAGUCUAUCCUGAUGGUAAUGGUGUUGUACGGGGGAAUUAUCUCUCCGUCUUCCUCGAGUUGUCUGCUGGCCUGUCAGAAACAUCGAAGUACGAGUACCGUGUUGAGAUGGUUCAUCAGGUGUCAAGGGACAGCAGUAAAAAUAUUGUCCGAGAGUUUGCAUCCGACUUCGAAGUUGGAGAGUGUUGGGGGUACAAUCGCUUUUUCCGUCUAGAUCUUCUUGCCAGUGAGGGGUACCUCGAUACAGAGUCGGAUACACUGAUUCUCCGGUUCCAAGUCCGACCUCCGACCUUUUACCAGAAGUGCAGGGACCAACAAUGGUACAUCAAUCAACUGGAAUCUGCACAAGCUCAAAACAUGGGACAACUCAACCAUUUGAAGGAGCGUGUGCACCUGAUGGAGAUGUCUAGAAGUAAAGGGUCCAGCAAACGAGUGACCACAUCAGCAGAUUCUCCUCUGCCCCUGAUUGAUCCCCACGGGGGAGAUAACCCUUCCAUACAGCACCCUAUCUUGCACCCCAAACCUAUCCACCCAGGCACGGGGUCAGAGAUUGAGAUUGAGCGAUCGGACGAUGAAAACUUGGAAACAGACUCUGACUCCGACACCACAGACUCUAACGAGGAGCUAAGUCAGUACUCUAUAGAGGACUUAGAAGACAUUGGAGAGCUGGGAACUCAAGCUGUGCUCACCAUCACCGAGAACAACGAUGAAAACGACAUUGACGAGGAAACAAUGUCAUUAGACAACGAUGUAGAAAACAGUAUUACGUGGGAGGAGAACGACCUUGACCGGCGUGGGAACACUGCGUCCGCCACAGCCAAGGCGUCGUCAAACAUCACUGGUUCAGAAAACAGGGUCGAGGAUGAGGAGACGUUACUGAUGCAGUUUUUACAGGACCGUACUCGGGAGAGGGACUGGACACCGAGCCUGGCAGCAGGUGGAGGAGACAGCUGUCUGGGAGGUGAUUGGUUGGAGACCGUCCAGGCAGCACUGGCCCUUACCAAAGAAAAGCCAAAGACCAGCCGAAAGGAAAAGAAGACCCCGCCCACUACUGACCUCAUGUUAGAGAACAUUCGAGCACGUUUCUCGGAGCUUGCCACGUCCACACUGGCUGUUGCUGACUCAGCGGUUACUAAUGAGACAGAGGCCAAGGCCAUGGUCACCAAGCCAAAUAUCAAUGAGCUUGAUGAUCCUGUGACCCACCCAGCAGAUGAUACCAUAGAACAGUUCGCACUGUCAGAUAACUCAAUGGACGGCGACGAAUCGAUCUCCCCCAACUUUCAGAACACACUGUACACGAACAAACUCCAAUCUAGUCACAAAACAGAACAAGAUGAAAACACAAGGAAAAAGGAUACCACUGUGAAGGGAGCAUCAGGCGGCUCUAAAGAUUUAGGUUUACCCUGGUCCUUUGGCUUUCUGUCAAAAGUCCCUGUACCUCCGCCUCCUCGCCCGGAGAGAAAAGACCGCAAGGAUACUGUAGCUACGACCGCUGCCUGUUGCCAAGCAACCACAGAAGAGAGUAAGAAGGAGAUGGACGGCAGUGAGGCUGCAGCUGCUGCAGGAACAGCCGCCGUCACCACGGGUACCAUUGGACAGAAACCCCAGGGUACAGGCACUUCGGGACCACAAGUUGAGUUCAGCAACAACCAGUGCAAUGUUAAUGAGCCGAGACCAGACAGUGGUGACGACACAUCUGUGGUAUAACAGAUAGGGGACCCUGUGGAGGAAGGAUCAACAUUGUCUACUAUAAGUGUGUCAUAAUUCUGAGGAUUCUUAAAGAAAUUUACCUGAAGAGACAAAUAUAUGACAGCAAAGUUGGAUUAUAUUCAUGAAGGAGAUCGCAGACAACUCUGAAAUGAUGCGAGAUUGUGACUAUUAUGUGAAUUCAGAACACAGACUAGAGUACGAGAAUCUUCCUUACAGGAGGUUACUUACGCUGUAGUGUUCAUCUCUCGUUGAAUAGAUGUUUGUCAUCAUCGAUAUCUCUGACCAAUACCAUAAAAACAAUUUUGUGUUCACACUAAACAGAAUGUGUCAUGUGAUGAUUCACUGUUUAGAUUUGAUUUUCCAGAAGAUAUCUAUGUUAUGCUUGGUGAUACCUAAUACAACAUCAUGUGGUCAGUGAAACCUUGAAUAGAGCCAGUUAACAUGUGGCUGAAAGUCAUGGUGGGUGGAAUAGCAGUCACGCAAAUGUGUGCCGACUGAGUGUGUGUAUGCGACUGGUGUAUAUGUUGUGUGGGAUGUGUACCUGAAUCUAAGGACUUAAUUGAUAAACAUUGUCGGUUUUAAUUGAACUGCCAAUGGAUUCCAAGGUCUGUGAUUUAUAUAAAAUAUAUAAAAUAAUUUGUCGAUUGAAAAGUGAAUGUCUGUCAGAACAGAUGCCAUAUUUGGCAUAUUAUUAAGGAUUCCUGUACGUACCACUGCCAAAAACGUGUACAAAGUAUUGGAACCUGUUUUUCCGGCAUGACGAUAGCUUUGAUAGAUUAUUUCUGAAGAAAAAAACAUACUUUGAAGGACUUUUAUCAUCAACAAUCGUAUUCUGGGUGUAAAAAUUAGGCCGGGCGAAUUACAGUGCAGUGAGACAGGAACCCUUAAAGAUGGAAUUCGAUACACUAAAGCACAUUUAUGGUUGCCUAUGGUCAAAGGUAAAAUAUGUUAUCAAUUCAAGGGCACAGGGAGAUUUUAAUGUCAGUUAUGCAGGUGGAGUAAUUUCCCAACGUUUGUAUGAUGUAUAUCAGUAUAUGUAACAGUGGCGUAGCUGCCAGUAGGUAGUGUAGACAUUUACCUACACAUGAAUCUCUUAAUAAUACAAUUUGUUUUUCUCUGAAUCCUAUGUCUGCAAAUUAAUCUCAUACAUAAUUUCAGAUUCUUAUAUCCUGGACCAUCAUUCCGAAACUGUCCAGUUUCUUUUUAGAAAGCCUACGUCAAAUCGGUAAUUGGGACCCGUUGACACUUUCUGUAAACGAGAAUUAAAAAAAUACCUUUUUACUUCUCGAUUACAGAGUGCUGACAGUACUAGUUCUCGAUUGAUGUUGAAGUUAUCAUCUACGUCAUUAUGAUGCCUAUUCAUAUUUAAAAUCCUCAUAAUCAUUUUCUUUUGGUUGGGGGGAUUUUCCCCUUGAGCUCCCUACCAUGGCUCUGCCCUUGGCGCACUGGAUACCUAGGCAGACUGCAGUCCCUCGCCUGAAAGUUUGUCUACAAAAUAACUUCAGCUACGCCCCUGUGAAGUAUCACUGAACUUGUUUAACUUAUUUAUAAUUCAUUUUAUGUAUCAUUACCGUAAAACGUGUCACAAAUAUUUUCCAUAUCAGGAUAUUAUUUAACAUAUGAUCGGCAGUCUACAACAUACAAGUGACUACCGAUAUAUCAUUAUUUAGGACAAAAAACACUGAAAAGAAUCUCAAUAUGUUUAGAUAGGAAUAUAUUUACUCAAGAUUUAUCUUUCAAGACAUUUUGAUGAUAUUAUGAAAGAAAUUUUCCAAGACAAAAUAUAUUUGUGAAACCCAGCACUUAAGCCUUGGAUUGCAAUUUUCUAACAUGGAAGUCGGGUUAAUUUGCAAAAAGAUAUAAAUAUAAAGACCUUGACCUACUUUUCACAGGGGUCCUCAAGGUCUGGAGUAUAUGAAAUUCCAACUAUGGCUGGUAGGGAAGGCAAAAAUUUAAUAAUGGCGGCAACUAGUCAUACCACUUAAAAAUAAUAUAAAACUUGUUCAUUGAUCGUUAUCCUCAGCUAAAUGGUAUAUAAAUAUAUAUGUGUGUGUGUGUUUGUGUGUAAUUGUGAUAUUUAUGAAAAUUAUAGUGAUAAUCUAAAUUAAUCCUAUAUGAAAAAUGUUCAUGUUCAAAAUUCUAUAGCAUCAGUGCUGAAAAUGUGAUAUUUGAGAUAUUUUAUUUUGUCUUGUGCUGUUUUCAGAAUAGAAGAUUUACAAAUUAGCAUAUAUACAGUAAAACCUCCUUAUACUGUCACCAUUUGUCCAGAGAAAAUUUGGCAUUAUAAAGGGGGUUCAGUGAUUUUAGGAAAACAAAUAGACUGAAUUACAUAGGUGGUAAGCGAGGUGGCAGAUGAAACAAGGGGCAUUAUAUGGAGGUUUUACUGUAUUGUAAGCUUUCACAGUAUAUGUUGGUAAGUUAGAUUGGUACUGGAGUCGGUUAAAUCUCCCAUAUAUAUUCUGUACAUCUAUUUCUGAUUCCAAUGCCACUCUAAAAGUACAUACUAAAGAGAAAGUUUUGUGUUAUGCAGUGGUCAGAAUGUGAUGACAGGUAAUCAUCACAUCAUGUGAUACACAUCACAUGAUGACUCAUCAUAACUACCACAGAAUUACAAGUUAAAGUUUUGUGUUAUACAGUGCUCAAAAUUUGGUGACAGAUAAUAAUCACAUCAUGUGAUACACAUAAUAUGAUGACUCAUCAGAGCUGCCCAAGAAUAACAAGUUUGUAUGAAGUACAUGUCCACUGCGUUUAUAGAUGUAUAUAUCUAGUUAUUAUAAAAUGUUAGGAGAGUAUUAUAAACCUAGGUGCUUUCUUAUAAACUUUAGUCUGACUAGCAUGCGGAGACAAGCUAGAAAGAUGAGAAUGUUUUGUAUUUGUAUUGUGAUAACCCUUGUGAACAUGGAAAUUCUGUGGCAGAAAUUUACGUUUAUUAUAUAAUCUUACUCUUACUAUAUAUAAAGUGCUUCACAUUGCAAGGAAAUUUGGUUUUUGUAAUCAAGUCUGCUAACCCGGCAACUUCAUUCCUAGCAAAAGUGUCUGGGUUUAUAGACUGGCAGAAAACUGAGACAAUUUUGUUUAGAAUAUAAACCAAUCCAUCUCCUAAAAUACAGUUAGACACUUGGCUUGGUGGUCCCUGAAUCACUGAGGCUUGAUUUACCAUGUACUGGUUGUCACUAGGAUUUGCUCCUUUUUCUCUCACAAAUUUCCAUGUUUACAGUACCAAUGUAUGUAAAGUGAAUUUUGUUUUCAAUUUAGUCAAAUAAAAAGCAGAAAAUUAU